AUGCUUGGUGCGCGGACGUUACACGCCGCGAACGAGCAGCUGUGCAAGCUUCGGGGUUGCACGGAAGAGUUUGGCGGGAUUCCCAUUGUUGUCUUCUGUGGCGACUUCCACCAGUUCCGCCCCGUUCAAGAGAGGUCGAUUCUCCUCCCAAGCGCUGCCAUUCCGUGGGACGAAGAGAGAACGUUCAGGACGGAACAGAGAUACCAGCACGACAAGGCGCAUGCUCUGUGGAAGAAGUUUACCACCGUAGUCAUGUUGAAUGAACAAGUCCGUGCUGCUGGGGAUCCACGGCUGCGCGGGCUGCUAACGCGGAUCCGGGAAGGCAUACAAGACCAGACCGAUGUGGAUCUCCUGAACAGGACGUGUUAUCAGGAAGGCAGACGGAUCCCGUGGGAGUCGGGCAUUACAGUAGUAACGCCGCUGAACAAGAACCGGUGGAAUUUGAACGUCGAGGCCGUGUUGUCUUUUCAGAAGCAACGGCAGGCACCGAUGCGAAUCUUCAUUUCCGAGCACAAGUGGAAAGAUGGGCAACCUACAGAGGAGGAGGCUCUCAUGAUGAUGGGCUACGGUGACGACAGCGCGAUACCGGUUCCUGCGAUCUUCAUGUUCGUCCCCGGCAUGGCUGUCGUCGUGAACCAGAACACCCAUCAAGGCCUGAAAGUAGUCAACGGAUCCAGAUAUGUGGCAUUAGAUGUCAUUCUGGACAAGAAGUACCCAGGCUAUCGCAUCUCCCGUGAUACCACCCUCCACUUUGGCCCCCCGGCCGGGGUCCUGCUAGCCUCCGAGUCAACAAGAGACUUGCACUUCGUAGGCAUGCCACCCGGAACCGUCCUUCUUGCACCCAUCAGCACAAAGAUAGAGUGUCAGAGCAAGCGGCCAUGGCAACAAUGCGACGUUACUCGUCGGGGAUUACCCUGCGCAGCCGCGUUCGCAUGCACCGACUAUAAGGUGCAAAGUAGGACGUUAGACCAGGUGGCACUGGAAUUGCGGGGGACUCGGACGACGAAUAUCGACGGGAAGGCUGUUCCGGCGCAGUGCGACCCGUACAGCUUGUACGUGCAGCUGUCACGGAGCCGAUCGCUAAAGGGCAUAAUGCUUCUGUCCAAGGCACGAGGGAAGGAUUUCAUAGGCAACAAAGUGCCGGACAACAUGGUCGCUGCGGAGCAAGAGCUGGAAGUGCUAAGCGAGACGACAAUUAAGGAGGCAGAAUGCUGGGACUGGACAGAAUAA